GGCCAUUGGCUUGGAAACUAUAGGCUUUAAUUGGCCCGAUUUAUCAUGUCUUGACAUACAGCGUUUCCUACAGAUAGGAGAGUCGUAAGAGGUACUUCUGUUGAAGGAUGCAUGCCGUGCGAGAUAUCCUAGCUCCAAAUUCUGUGAAACAACACAUUACUCUACGGACUGGGAAGCCAACCUCCCGAGCACCGAAACAACUGCGGGUAAUAAGUAGCCAGCGGGCCAGUCUUUACCUCAGCCCCUAUCAGCAUCCCAAAUUAACAUAAAACUUCUCUUACAAUAUUCUCCCUCAGCAUCUCAAAAUGCCCACUCAAGGCGCAUCUUUCAACCCAGACACCGAUAUCCCUUCCCUAGAGGGUAAGGUCAUCCUCAUCACCAGUGCCAACAGUGGAAUGGGGAAGCAAUCUGCUCUACAACUCGCCAAGCACAAGCUGGCACACAUCUGGAUGGCCGCUCGUAGCCCUGAAAAGGGCAAUGAAGCCGUUGCCGAUAUUGAAAGCCAAAUACCGGGUGCGAAUGCCACCUUCCUAGAGCUAGACCUCUGCUCCUUCGACUCAAUUAAGAGUGCCGCCAAGGCGGUGCUCGAGUCUUCGCCCCGACUGGACAUUCUGUACCUCAAUUCUUCGGCUGCCCCCCCUAAGCUGACCAAGGACGGCUACGAAAUCCAGAUGGGCACCAACCACCUUGGUCACGCCCUCCUUCUGAAGCUCCUUACGCCUCUAAUGGUCAAGACAGCCAGUUCUCGCCCCGUGCGCGUCGUCAGCCUCGCCUCAGCCGCCCGGAAGUACGCCGGUCCCGAGAAGAUCCAAUUUGAAACGCUCAAGUCCCUUGAGGGUGUCACACCUUUGAACCGUUACGUGCAGAGCAAGAUCGCCAUCAUGCUGUACCCGCAGGAGUUCACCAAACACCACCCGGAGUUGACCAUAGUCUCGAUUGACCCGGGCGUGGUGUCAACGCAGCUAUUCUCGCGGGAGCCUGGCGAUGAGCAGGUGUUGCACCUGCAGACUGAGUUGGCGCCGAAACUCGUCCGACCUGUUGAAGAGGGCGUUAAGAACCAGUUGUGGGCGGCGACGGCCGAAGGGGUGGCGAGUGGCCUGCACUAUGAGCCUGUUGGACUGGCGAAGAAUGUCUGGGAGUGGACUCAGAAGGAACUGAAAGGGCAGUAA